AUGGGCUCCACGUGUACAAGCAGUAGGCUCUCCAGGCAGCCUGUGUUUGGUGCCAGCUGCUUCAAGCAGGUUCUCAGAUUCAAGUUUGCUGAGUCCGUAGUAUGGCCCCCGCGCCACUCAAAACGCAGCUUGUCAACAUGCCGUUCUGCCUUUGGCAGUCUCCGAAGCCAAGAGUUUGGCGGUUUCACCGUUGAUGGUGGUACCAAUUGCAAGGUCGCAACAUAUCAGACUCGCAGCAUAUACCUGGCAACAGCACAGCAUGCCUGUUAUGGCAACGUGCAUCCGCAAAAGCGAGAGCUGUGUCGCCUUGUACGCAAAAACAACACAUGCAGGUGGUCAGGUGCUGCUGCCCCGGUAAUCAUGCUUUAG